AUGCGCCGCCAGCGAACGCAGGAGAGUGUGGCUGACCCGCUGCGGCUGGCGACUGAUAUUUUUUUAGAGACCAGGAUACGAUUCUCAUUCGAUGCUGAUCUUGAAUCUUCACUCCAGUGUGCGUGGCAGUCUUCCGCAUUUCCUGGUUUGGUAUAUUCAAUUCGACGCCCACCUGUGUCAAUCGCUUCGAAGAUGGUGAACCCGGGGAGAAUGCAGCGACGCCGUGGAGGGUGGAAGUCGCAGGCUCGUAAGCUGAUGGCGGUGUGCGUGGGCGGAGUUUUGUUGAUCUCCAGCGGAGAGGCAGUGCCAGAUCAACCGCGUGAAGGGCUUUUGCGUCGGAAUUUGCAAGAUGCAUUACGUAGGACAGGCACUCUAAGUGGACCGGAAAUCACUGGUCAAGUUGCCACGUGCAGAUUGCAACCCGCCAAAGGAAAAGGAGAUGUUGCUGCAGCCACUGCGGCUUUGACGCUGUCGAAAGAAAAUCUGAGUGUUACUUUGCAGUGUUCGGGUAACAAAAACGCAGCGGUACCAGAAGAGCUGGAGCAAGUUUGUAAGGCAACAACGACGGCCGCAAAAGUGGCCGAGUGCAAAACAAACAGCCCAAAAGAAAAACAGAUCACGCUGAAAACAUUGCUUGGCACAACCCGCAGUAUCCAGUGGGAAAAGACCAACAACAGCGACAAUCAAGGCGAAAGGCGGACGUUGACUCUCCAGGAGUCCGACCUUCCCUUAACCGACAAGGCCUUCUUCGUUGGGUGUGACGAGAACAAUCAGGAACGGGUGCAGGGCCAGACAGAGUGCAAAGUCAACGUCAACGUGAAAGCAAGAGCUUCUUCCGUCGGAGACGGCAACGUUGUCACUUGCGCAUACGGCAAGGACAGCAAUCCUAAGCCCUUGGAGGUGGAGAUGUCAACAGAGAACAACGCGCUGACAAUUGAUUGUGGUUCCGAGGGCUCGUUGUAUCCUACGACAGAGAGCCACACUGAAUACUGCGAUCCACGAAACAAAGACGUGCAGAAUUGCACAAACAAGUUUGUGGAUAUUCUGCCUACGUUCGUGACCAGCUGGUGGACAACGGGGCCAACGGAUAAUUCUGAUAAGCUGACAAUUCCGGAGACGGACUUUCCGGAAACAGACCAGCAGUUCCGCCUGACCUGCGUCCCCAACGAGUCUACAGCGCCUCCAGCAGCAAAAGCUGUAGUAGUAGGGAAGGGUGACGAUGAGAGCCCUGAACAGGCUGGUGCAUCCACGUCAAACUGCAGUGUGAUUGUGACUGUUAAGACAUCAAACUUGACUUCGAUAGCAUCUUCAACUGCGCAAAUUGCAGCGGUAGCCGGAGGCGUGGCCGCGCUAACAGGAUUCCUCGUGAACACUUUUUGA